UUUUCUAUUCCGUAUUCUCUCUCUCUCUUCUUUUCUCAAUCAAUAUAAUAUUUUUCUCUUUCUAAAGAAAUUACAUUUUGCAUAUAAUUAUUUUUGGCAAGCAAAGUGGCGUCACAGUUCAAGACCAACCAGUUCAACAGAGAGAACCCAGCUGGGUGAUCCGUGAAGAAAAGAAUCAACCAGCAAAAUAAUCGAACAAAAAAGGGGGGAAAUCAAGCCUUUUUUUUAAUCUAAUUUCUCUUCAUGGUAUUUUAUUGUAAUUGAAAUUGACACUUCUGAAAUUCUCUCUUCCUAUAUAUAUCUCCUCUCUCUCAUAGUAGUACUGUAAUGUCGUGUUUUCUUGAACUGGGAGGCUGAGAGAGUGGGCUAAAACUGAAAGUACAGAGAGAGAAGAGCUAAAGUUUCGAGUUUUGUGGGUUUUUGAGUGAUGAGAGACAGAAAGAGAGAGGGUGGGGAAGAUAGUGAUAUUGUGAGUUGAGAUUGGAGGGGUUUUUAUCUUGUGUGAUAAGCUAUAAAUGGAGACCAAAGGGAGACUCAUUGCUGGUUCUCACAAUAGAAACGAGUUUGUUCUUAUCAAUGCGGAUGAAAUAGCAAGAGUCACAUCUGUUAAAGAAUUAAGCGGGCAGAUUUGCAAGAUCUGCGGGGAUGAGAUAGAGAUUACAGUAGAUGGGGAGCCAUUUGUUGCUUGCAAUGAAUGUGCAUUCCCUGUGUGUAGACCUUGCUAUGAGUAUGAAAGAAGAGAGGGCAAUCAAGCCUGCCCUCAAUGCCGAACCAGAUACAAGCGUAUCAAAGGGAGUCCUAGAGUUGACGGGGAUGAGGAAGAGGAGGAUACGGAUGAUUUGGAGAAUGAAUUUGACAUAGGAAUCAAUGACAGGAGAGACCCUCACCAGGUCGCUGAAGCCUUGCUAGCUGCUCGCCUCAACACUGGCCGUGGUUCCCAAUCCAAUGUUUCUGGGUUUGCCACACCAUCAGAGUUCGACUCUGCUUCCGUUGUUCCUGAAAUUCCUCUCCUGACAUAUGGUGAAGAGGAUGUUGGAAUCUCUUCUGAUAAGCAUGCCCUUAUUAUACCCCCAUUUCGUGGAAAACGAAUUCACCCAAUGCCAUUUCCGGAUUCUUCCAUGUCCUUGCCACCAAGGCCUAUGGAUCCUAAUAAAGACUUGGCAGUGUAUGGGUAUGGAACGGUUGCAUGGAAGGAAAGAAUGGAGGAGUGGAAGAAAAAGCAGAGCGAUAAACUUCAGGUGGUCAAGCACCAAGGAGGAAAGGGUGGUGAAAACAAUGGUGGAGAUGAAUUGGAUGAUCCUGAUUUGCCUAUGAUGGAUGAAGGAAGGCAGCCUCUUUCAAGGAAACUACCAAUUUCUUCAAGCAAGAUUAGCCCAUACAGAUUGAUCAUUAUACUCAGGCUUGUGAUUCUCAGCCUCUUUUUUCACUAUAGAAUUCUUCAUCCAGUCAACGAUGCCUAUGGAUUGUGGCUUACAUCAGUAAUUUGUGAAAUAUGGUUUGCCAUAUCAUGGAUAUUAGAUCAGUUUCCAAAAUGGUUCCCAAUUGAGCGAGAAACAUAUCUUGAUAGAUUAUCAUUGAGGUAUGAGAAAGAGGGGAAGCCAUCUGAGUUAGCGAGUGUUGACGUAUUUGUUAGUACUGUUGAUCCUAUGAAAGAACCUCCACUUAUCACUGCAAACACAGUCUUGUCCAUCCUUGCUGUAGAUUAUCCAGUCGAAAAAGUUGCGUGCUAUGUUUCAGAUGAUGGUGCAGCCAUGCUUACUUUCGAAGCUAUCUCUGAGACAUCUGAAUUUGCAAGAAAGUGGGUCCCUUUCUGCAAGAGGUUCAGCAUUGAGCCUCGGGCUCCAGAAUGGUAUUUUGCUAAGAAGGUUGACUAUUUGAAAGACAAAGUAGAUCCAGCAUUUAUCAGAGAGCGUCGUGCCAUGAAGAGAGAAUAUGAAGAGUUCAAAGUUCGAAUAAACGGAUUAGUUGCUAUGGCGCAGAAGGUUCCUGAAGAUGGUUGGACAAUGCAGGAUGGUUCUCCAUGGCCGGGGAAUAAUGUCAGAGAUCAUCCAGGAAUGAUUCAGGUUUUCCUUGGUCAUAAUGGAGUUCAUGAUGUUGAAGGAAAUGAAUUGCCCCGUCUAGUUUAUGUGUCUCGUGAGAAGAGACCAGGAUUUGAUCACCACAAAAAAGCUGGGGCUAUGAAUGCUUUGGUGAGGGUCUCUGCAAUCAUAUCAAAUGCUCCUUACAUGCUGAAUGUUGAUUGUGAUCACUAUAUAAACAAUAGCAAGGCACUUCGCGAAGCCAUGUGCUUCAUGAUGGACCCAACAUCUGGAAAGAAAAUUUGUUAUGUUCAAUUUCCACAAAGAUUUGAUGGGAUUGAUCGUCAUGAUAGAUACUCAAAUCGUAAUGUUGUAUUCUUUGAUAUCAAUAUGAAAGGAUUGGAUGGCAUACAAGGUCCUAUAUAUGUUGGUACUGGAUGUGUUUUUAGGAGGCAAGCACUUUAUGGAUAUGAUGCCCCUGUCAAGAAGAAGCCCCCAGGGAGGACAUGCAAUUGCUUGCCAAGAUGGUGCUGCUGCUGUUGCCGAUCUAAAAAGAAGAAUAAGAAGUCAAAAUCAAAAUCAAAUGAAAAAAAGAAGAGCAAGGAGGCUUCUAAGCAGAUACAUGCAUUAGAAAAUAUUGAGGAGGGUAUUGAAGGGAUAGAUAAUGAAAAAUCAGCCUUGAUGCCUCAGAUAAAAUUUGAGAAAAAAUUUGGACAGUCGUCAGUUUUCAUAGCCGCUACACUUAUGGAAGAUGGUGGAGUUCCUAAAGGAGCUAGUUCUGCAUCACUUUUGAAAGAAGCCAUUCAUGUCAUUAGUUGUGGUUAUGAAGAUAAAACUGAGUGGGGAAAAGAGAUUGGGUGGAUUUAUGGCUCUGUUACUGAGGAUAUAUUAACUGGCUUCAAGAUGCAUUGCCAUGGCUGGCGAUCAGUGUAUUGCACACCAAAAAUGCCUGCAUUUAAAGGUUCAGCUCCAAUAAACCUUUCAGAUCGUCUACACCAGGUGCUCCGAUGGGCACUGGGAUCUGUUGAGAUUUUAUUGAGUAGACACUGUCCAAUAUGGUAUGGAUAUGGAUGUGGAUUGAAAUGGUUGGAACGCUUCUCUUAUAUAAACUCUGUUGUCUAUCCAUUGACAUCGAUCCCCUUGAUUGCCUACUGUACCUUACCUGCUGUCUGUCUACUGACUGGGAAAUUCAUUGUUCCUGAGAUUAGUAACUAUGCCAGUAUCAUUUUCAUGGCUCUCUUCAUAUCCAUAGCUGCAACUGGUAUCCUCGAAAUGCAGUGGGGAGGUGUUGGCAUCCAUGACUGGUGGAGAAAUGAGCAGUUCUGGGUCAUUGGCGGUGCAUCAUCUCAUCUAUUUGCUCUUUUCCAGGGUCUUCUUAAGGUAUUGGCUGGAGUUAACACCAAUUUCACUGUUACCUCCAAAGCGGCUGAUGAUGGAGAAUUUUCAGAGCUCUACCUAUUUAAAUGGACAUCUCUGUUGAUCCCUCCUAUGACUUUGCUUAUCAUAAACAUAAUUGGAGUCGUAGUUGGAAUUUCUGAUGCCAUCAAUAAUGGUUACGAGACUUGGGGUCCACUCUUUGGUAAGCUAUUCUUUGCAUUGUGGGUAAUUGUCCACCUUUACCCGUUCCUCAAGGGGUUGAUAGGGAAACAAGACAGGCUUCCCACCAUUAUUGUUGUAUGGUCGAUCCUUCUAGCUUCUGUUUUAACACUCUUAUGGGUUCGAAUCAACCCAUUUUUGUCGAAAGGUGGCAUUGUCUUGGAAAUUUGUGGGUUGAAUUGUGAUUAAGACACAUGACGUAGAAGGUUUAAUGGUUUUGAGUUGCAUGUAGAAAGGUCGUUUUAGGAGUGCAUAAGCGAGCUACAAUUCUUAUCAUCGAAGAUAAAAGACAUCCUCCCUUGACAAAAGCAUGAUUCCUAGCAAUAAGUUUGGAAUGGAAAUUGUAGUGGGGAUGUGUAGAUACGAAGGACUGAUAUACUAUCAUUUGUUUUGUCUAGUUUUCAUUAAUUCAUUUGAUACUUUUCUUGUUGAUUAUAAGAUCUGUUUGUAGCAUGAGAAAACAUGUAUUAUUUUGAUAUAAUUUAUGUACCCUUCUUAUGAGGGAAUUCAAAA